UUGUCCCGGCUUUUCAGUUUUCCGUGCCAAUCGCGAGAGUUGACGUAUGGCUUCUUGGUGUCAUCGAGGUUGCGGGCUCAUGAUGCUCGAGGCCAUUGUCUCGCGAAUCCUUGUGAAAUACAUAUCGUGAUUCUUGCUACGUAUACAUAUAUUUAUACGUGUGUGCAUAUGUGUGUGUACAGGAGUGUCUUUUUCGCAGAAUCUCGGCGAACGAAAGUCCUGAAUUCUCGGAAUCCCGCUGAACGGAAACGGCGGUGCCAUGUCCGCGGAAUCGCAGGACACCGAAUUGGAGAACGUAUGGCAGCGGAUAUUUAUGGAGUGCAACUCCUCCGCGUCGAUCUCAACGGCGGAUUCGACGUUGGACUCGACGGUGAACGAUACGGUGUUAGUCACCAGGAUCAUCAACUACAUGCAGGAACAUUUGCCGACCUGGUCAAUCGACAACCUGGUGGAGUUAUGGAGGUAUUUGGCAACCGUUUCGACGGAUGAGCGUGUGAAUCUGCAUCAGUUCAAAGAGGCAACGAAACGCUGGCUUGUCAAGAUGCAACAGGUUCAGGCUACACAGGAUGGCAAUAACAAUGGAGAAGUGGCCAUGGAAAAAUUUCUCGUGAGCGACCCGGACUCAUCAAUGAAAACCAUGGACAUGGAUAACAUGGAGUUCGAAUUCCGUCUGAAAUUUCGAAAGCUCAACGAGGAGAAUAAUGACCUUCGCGGCGAGCUCGAGCGAUGCGAAGAAUCAAUCAAUACUCUCAGACAAAAACUUAAGCAAACCGAGCAGCAACUAAAGCACUACAAACAGAAAUGUCAGCAAUUUGAAAAGGAAAACAACGAGCAAAGAGAUCAAUUAAACGAAUUAAUUGAAAAGGAAAAAACUAUAGUUUUGGAAUUAAUUGAGAAGGAAAGGGCUAUGACCUUGGACCUUCAAAGAUGUACAGAAGAGAAGGAGAAGUUGUUGAAGCAAUUGGAAAUCGCGGAGAUUGAGAUACUGACUAUACCAUUCUUGAAAGAAAAACUAGAGAAAAUUACCAAGGAGAAAGAAAGCUUUAUAGACGUAAUCGCCAAAAUGCAAGAGGAAUUUGAAGAAAAAGAAGACAGUUGUAGAUAUUUGAGAACCACUAUAACCGAGCUCGAGGAUACGAGCAUUAGCCUAAAAGAGAACUAUGAAUGUAUGAUUAGUAGUCUACGUGAAAAGAAUCGUCUGCUUGAGACCGAAAAUGAGGAACUUCAAUCGUUGUCAUCCUUUAACGUGUACCCUUCCGGAGAAAAAUUCUCACCUAUGUCGGACACAAAUGAAUACAACAUGCAUAGUACACCUUAUAAAUCAACGCCGACGCAAAAUUCAUUGUACAUGGAAUUAAAAGUCUCUGGCUUUACAGCUGAAUGUAGCAGAAGCGACAGGGAAGACCUAGAAGAGGAAUUAAACCAGUACGACGCCACGAUUCUUGAGAUAAUGGAACAGCUAGAAAAAGUUAUAGAGUUUUUUGUUACGAUGCGAGGCUCCGCCGACAACUCAUCUUACUUUAACCCGCAAGACACGGACGUAAGAACUCGUACAGUUGAUGUAUUGAAACACAAAGUGUCUUUUCUAUUGAAUAUGACGGCAGAAGAGGUUGAGAGGAGGAACACGAGACAGGAUUCGAGCACGCAGUUUCCAAUUGAUUCAGCAAAUGCGACUGAUGAUUUGGCUCAAUUUGACAACGAAAGUUUGCAAGCGUACAGAUCGAUACACACAUUGCCGUCGGGCUUGCAAUCAUCUUCGCUAGUCGCAGAAGACUCGAUAUCACAAAAGUUCAGUUAUCAAAAUUCUGGAACAAAUACUGCCGAUGUUCUUCCGUUCGCGCAAGGAGACGGUCUAACGCAGAAAAAGGAACAAUUUACGCCGCCUGCUGAGGAAGUUUUUAAUCAGAAAGAUUUGACCUAUAUCGAGGAAAAUUGCUCGAGCGAAAUGUCAAAAGGGUCGAACGUCCUGCAAGUGGAUACGAAAGCGUUGGCCACGUCGGAGGAAGAGAAGACGGACGCCAGAAGUUUCCAAGUACCGGAAGUGAGCAGCGCGAGCAAUCCGACGAGUCCUCGCAGAAAGAUCUCUGUCUACUGCCGUUCGUUUGACGUGGUGGCAGUGCAGGAUCGGCGCGAGGAUCACCCGAGGUCUAACAAUCUGGAAGUGAGAGAGUCGCCGAGCAAACCGGACGACUCCCCCGCGCGAAUCGACAGGAUCGCCGCGAGGGAUCGAAAUAACACGCCCAAUCAAAAGUAUUUGUUUAAUGACGUUUACCGCAACGUGAAGAGCGACAGCGAUUCUUCGAAUUCCACGCCGGUGAAGCACUUCCAGGACGUGAACGACGAAUCGCCGAUCGCGCCGCAGCCGAUAUUUAGAAAGGUCCAGUUGGCGCCCACGCGUUUAAGAUUUUCUGAAGCUAGAAGCGAGUUGGAUAAAGCCACUGUGGCUCCCAGCUGUGCUUCUCCAGUUCCAGUGGAUUCCACUGAAUUGAAUAUUUCGAUUACGAGAUCCAAUUCUUCGUCUUCCCUGUCUCCCGUCGACAGACGCAGGAAGGACGACGACGGUUCCGUGUAUUUAUCUUCGACGUUCGUAAACGAGGACAAGAUGGAAGUGAAAAGUACGAUGCUCGAGUCUAAAUCAUCGAACGAAAACAUUUCGCAGACAUUUUCGGUGCCAAAUCGCUGCCUAUUUCCGCGUUAUCAAGCUGAUUCAGCGAAGAUCGCGGAUUCAGAGGAUCCCCACUCCGAGGCGAGCGUGCAAAGAGUCUGCGACAACGAGAGUCAGUCGCGAAUCGAACGGUCAGUCGAUAGCCAAAUGUCGAGUCGCAAGGACAGUUUGGCCGUUUCGGGCAGCGAAUGCGAACCAGCGGUGGCAGAAGCGGGGUGCUUUGAUCAAUGCAGCACGAUUAACGAGAAAGUCGCGAGUGAGGCCGGCAAGGCCGUCAAUGUCGUGUCGUCCACAUCGUUAACCGAUGAGCCGAUCUCCGCGAAGGUGGUGUCGUACACGAACUUGGCGCAGAGCGACGAAAAAGCGCGCGAAAGAGACCGGUUAAUGAAACAAAAAAUACGAAAGUCGCGGUUUUUAAAUAUGAAAAGAUCGUACUCGGAGGACGAAAGCCUUGGUCAAUUGGAGUGUCAUUGCAAACGACGAAGCAGAUCUUUGAUUCCAGAAGAUAGUCAAAGCAGAGUCUUCCCCAGUCUCACGGACACUUGUCUGCAGGAAUUUGGGAUAGCCAAUUUAUCGGACGACGAAUUGGAGUGUAAUAGAGAGGAUCCAAGUGAGCUUGAAUUGCAGAAGAAGUACACGGCGUUCUCGUUGUGCCUCUGCGUAGACAGGCUGACUCUACCGCGAAGGAUAGCGAUGUCGAUUCGGCAACGCGAUCAAUCAGAGAAAAAUCUCUCCUCUGAAGUGGAGAAUAUGCAACAAGAUAUUCAGGAACUCGCGCCACUAUGCAUGGACAGGGAAUCCGCGGAGCGGGUGGAUCGAGUCAGGCAUCGGUUGGACAUGAUUGUGCGAUGCGCGCACAGGGUGUCCUGCACGGCCGAGACUCUGGGCGCCGUGCACCAGGAACGUAGGAUUUCCCGGGCCAUUCUGCUGGCCGACAAGUAUCUCCAGUUGCUGCAGUCCCGGUGUGAGAAGCUGAUUACCAGUGUCGCCGAGAUUAAACGGAUCCUGGUAGAGAACAACAUAGUAAUAGAGGAAAACUCCGGCGAGCUCAACGACGAAGUGCCCCGCAUCAGAUACAGGAGCGGUACACCCGUCAAUAAUCGUAUGAUGAUGGCUAGGAGGAGAGCCAGUGUGGCCACAAUGUCUCGGCCGAUGGGCAGUACACAGGAUGUGACAAAGGACAUCGUAAGGCAGCGAAAUUCGUCCGUUUCCGGACGUAUGACUCUCAGGAGGCCGUCUUUCCACUCCGAAUCCCCAAAGUGGGAGAUCGAAAAACUAGAUCGUGCCGAAAGCUCCAACAGUAUCAAUGAACUACGAGGUAUUUUCGAACACGCUGAAUCUCGACGUAACUCAAAGGAGGAAAAUAACAAUAUGCGACUGAGCCACUCCAAUAGUCAAAGUACAGUAAAUUGUGCGCUAAUUGACAAAGUUUGGACGAAUGUAAAAGAGGAGGAGGAAGAAGAGGAGCCGGCUUCUGAAGUUUUCGAUAAUGAAAAUAUUCAUUCUGAGAGUAGAUCAAGCACAAAAUCAUCUUUUCAAUUAAGACGAAGAAGAAGACCAAUAUUGCCUAUAAUAUUGAGUAUUCUAAUUUUCUUCCUUCUCUUUUAUGUGAUUCGUGUAAUGAUGGCAGAAGUGGUUUAUUUUCACGUUUGUCAAGAUCAGCCAUUAAACAAACUGGUCGAAUAUGUUAUCGAGAGAUACCGUCAGAUGAAGAAAACGGCUCCUCACCCCAUGUGAUUCUCCUAAUGUUCACGCGAUCUGAUUAGCUGUAUCAGUAAAACAAAUAGCAAGACUAAUUGUAUAUUGUAACAUAUGUCAAUUAUGGAAAGGCUGAAUAAAUUAAUAAUUGCAAAGUUUGUUCCGCCUUUUAAAUAUGGUCACGCAGUCACGUAGCCGCGAGUACUGUUAUGUUCUCGCGGUCCCUUGUUGCAACUGUGUUUAAAUUAUGACUUCAGAAAUGAAGAAUCAUGUAAAUUUUCCUUUUGUGCGCUGUUAUGCGAAGCAAAUAAAUUUUUUCAUCUAUUAUCGCUUAUGUUUGAUAUUACAAUAAAAUCCAUAGUAUUUGUGUUUAAUAUAUUAAUGAAUGACUAAAUCUAGAAUAAAAUUUAUUUCGUGUUCUGAUUGAAUACAUUUAUUAAUACAAAAGACUUAAAAUUAGAAAAAUGAUAGAUACAUUUUGUCAAUUUACAUUAUCAAAUCUGCAUAGAGAAAAAUUAAUUUAGUUCGACAUAAAGUGCAAGGAAACAUUCACAUUUCUCGCUUCUGAUAUUGUAAUUCAACGUUGCAAAGGUUUAAAAAACGACCAAAAAUUUAAAAAUAAAUUGUUUACAGUACUAAAUUUUGUUUUUGUAAAAAAAACAGUAUGAUUAAUAUUUGUAUCUUUUCACAAAUUUUAAUCACAUUUGAGUGUUAUGUUUUAAAUAUUAAAGGAUAUCCAGGGUUACUGCGUUUAUUAUUAACACAUUAUUUAAAAAAUAAAAGUUGUUUUAAAUGUUUUAAAAUAUUCAGAAAAGCAAAUGUUAUUAAUAAAGAAACUAGAAAAAUCAAA